AUGUCAGUAACGCUGCAUACAGAUCUCGGUGAUCUCAAAGUAGAGGUGUUUUGUGAAGCUGUUCCCACAACAGCCGAGAACUUUCUCGCGCUCUGUGCUAGUGGCUAUUAUGACAACAAUCUAUUCCAUCGCAACAUUGGAGGCUUUAUGGUGCAGACUGGUGAUCCGACAGGCACAGGCAAAGGUGGUAACUCUAUCUGGGGACGCAAAUUCAAUGAUGAGAUCCGGUCAACGCUCAAGCAUAAUGCACGAGGAAUUCUAUCCAUGGCAAACUCUGGUCCUAACACCAAUGGUUCUCAAUUCUUCAUCACUUACGCCAAGCAUCCUCAUCUCGAUACCAAAUACACUGUGUUCGGCAAGGUGAUUGAUGGCGCUGAUUCUACCUUGGAUGCUAUUGAAAAGAUUCCUGUGGAUGAGAAGCAUCGACCUAUUCAAGAAGUACGCAUUCGCAGUGUCACUAUCCAUGCCAACCCUAUUGCCGACAAGGCACGCUGA